AUGGCUUUUCACACGGACCUGAGAGCAUUCAGCGGCUCUCUGCGACAUUCCUCCCGACCUGCCCGGUUCCCCUCCAGGCCCGAGCCCCCAGAUGUCCCUCCGCCCACGCAGUGGGUCAGUGCAGACGGUCAACACGGCGCUAAGCAAACGGCCCACAGAACUCUGCUCAGAGCUCAGAGGAGGCAGCUCCACCGGCUCACCAUGUUUAGAACGUCUCUGUUUAAGCAAUGCCUCACCCACACAGGACGAGAGGAGAAGGCAGGGGUCUGUUUGGAGGAGUGGACAGCGGCCGCGGGGGAGAAGGGAGCGCGAUUCUGGGUGUUGACCUCUGCGAGCCGAAUCACCACCUCCUCGGUGUCCGUGGCGGAGGACUACUAUAAAAACAAACCAGCCCAAGUUUUAAAGGGCAGAGUUGUAAAAACUCCCAGGCAGUGGGGAGUAGGCUCAGAAAUCUACGGGUCGGAUCCGCUAUCCCCCACAGACGCGAAACCGCCUGGACCCGCUGCCAGAAUCGGCAACGACGUUAUUUCCCGUCUCUUUCGUCCUGUCCCCCCCCCGGAUCUCUGCUUGGAGGGUUUGGCUAUCUGGACGACGGCGACUGACUGUGGAAGGAAAGCCACCGGAGCAGCUAUGCAGCUGGAAAUUCAAGUAGCUCUCAACUUUAUCAUUUCGUAUUUAUACAACAAGCUCCCCAGACGACGCGUGAACAUCUUUGGCGAAGAGCUCGAGAGGCAGCUGAAGAAGAAAUACGAGGGCCACUGGUAUCCGGACAAGCCCUACAAAGGGUCAGGGUACAGGUGCAUCCAUGUAGGGGAGAAGGUGGACCCUGUGGUGGAGCAGGCGGCCAAAGAGAGCGGGCUGGACAUCGAGGACGUCCGGAAUAACCUCCCUCAGGACCUUAGCGUGUGGAUUGACCCGUUUGAGGUUUCCUACCAGAUCGGGGAGAAGGGACCGGUCAAGGUGCUCUAUGUGGAUGAUAACAAUGAAAACGGCUCGGAGCUGGACAAGGAGAUCAAGAACAGCUUUAACCCGGAGGCCCAGGUCUUCAUGCCCAUCAGCGACCCGGUGGGGGCCUCGUCCGAGUCCAGCUCCCCCUCGCCCCCCUUCGGCCAGUCGGCGGCCGUCAGCCCGUCCUUCAUGCCCCGCUCCACGCAGCCGCUGACCUUCACCACCGCCACCUUCGCCGCCACCAAGUUCGGCUCCACCAAGAUGAAGAGCAGUAGCCGUGGCAACAACAACAACAACAAUGGCGGCGGAAACAACAACAACAAUGGCGGCGCCAACGGAGGCAAGGCGGCGCGCACCUCCCCCACCACCAACCUGGGCCUGAAUGUCAACACGCUGCUCAAGCAGAAAGCCAUGUCCGGCUCGGUCCACUCGCUGUACGGGCUGGGCCUGAACCAGGGCCAGGGUCUGGGUCUGAACCAGGGCCUGGGUCUGAGCCAGGGUCUGAACCAGGGUCUGGGUCUGAACCAGGGCCUGGGCCAGCAGAAGCCCUCUGCCCUGUCCCCCAACGCCAAGGAGUUUGUGUUCCCCAGCCUGCAGGGCCAGGCCAGCCCCGGGGGGGCCGGCUUCCCCGGGGAGGGCUCCCUGGGCCUGGGCCCCCUGCAGUACAACAAUGCCUUCGACGUGUUGGCGGCCUACGGCAGCCUGAACGACAAGUCCCUGAUGGACGGGCUGGGCUUCAGCCUGGGCAACAUGCAGUAUUCCAACCAGCAAUUCCAGCCCGUCAUGGCUAACUGA